ACAUGGGUGCGUACGCGUGUACUUGUGUACUGUAUUACAUAGUGUCUACUGUUGUCUGCAGUGUAUAUAUGUGAUAUAUACACAGACGUGUGUACACAUCUGCCAGCAGUCACUUGUUUUCACAUUGACUUCGUCUUUGUCAUGUGAUUUUGUCCCCUACUGCCCUAGUUUGGAAUUAGCCCUGUACAGAUGAUACAAGUGUAUAGCCCCUAGCUGCUAAUAAACAAAUUGUGCCAAACAAUCAAUCUGGAUAUCAACAAGCUGAAUUAUUAACGAACAUAUGCCCUUGAAUUGAUUUCCUGAAUGACCUUGAGAUUUUGUUUGACUGACCUUGAGUGUAUGAUCUGAUGGGUGCAGCAGCAGUGCGAGGGCAAAAUGGCACAGCGACCUUCACCUUUCAAUCUUCGGGCUACACAACCAAUGUGAACUUUAAUCGGGGCCAACAACAGUCGACUGCUCCAAACAUCAUGACGUGUGAAGCUUGCCAAACAAACUUCAAUCUUUUCAAGAGAAAGAAAAUUUGUCGAUACUGUGAUAGAAACUUUUGUUCAAGCUGUGUGCAUCGUUAUCGGGACCCGGUCAAUAACCGAUCGACAUACAGACAAUGUAACACUUGUAAAGUGCUAAUGUCGGGAAAAUUCACCCGGUCUGACCUGAUGAAAUGGAAGGUAAAGGAAUUACGAAUCUUGCUCAAUAAACGGAACGUCUCGACAAACACGUGUAAAGAGAAACACGAUCUCAUAGAUCUGUUGUUUGUCAACUUCGCCAAAUCCCCUACCCAAGAGUCUGCGGAAGUAGAAGACUUGGAGUCACUAUCUAGACAGCCAAGUAGCCUGUCUGGUAGUACAAUAAGCAGUGGAGGCACUCAGGACACCCACAACUCCCACCAACCCCAGGGACCGCAAACCCCCGCCCCCCAGCAGCCAACCCAACCCCCCGCGCCAGAGUCUGAGGCAGAACGGGGAGAUAGGCUAAGACAGAGACAGGAGGCGGAAAUGAGACAAGCCAUGUUUCGACAAGAAAUUUUUGGGGAGGAGGAAGAUGAAGAGGUUCCUCGGGAGACGGCCACACCUCGCGUGAGGAUGAAUCUGGGCCAAAUCAACUCACUGGAGGAUGUUGACAACCUCACAGUCCGGCAGCUAAAGGAAGUCCUGGUCACAAACUUUGUCAAUUACAAAGGCUGCUGCGAGAAACCAGAGCUGGUCGAUAGAGUCAAGAGGUUGUGGCGGGAACACAAGACCAACGAACAAAAAGUAAAAGAUAUAGACUCACCAGAAUCUAAAGAUCAGAAGGCGGAGCCAGUAACUGGAGAGAAGCCGGAGGAUGAUAUCUGUAAGAUCUGUAUGGACGCCGCGAUCGACUGUGUGCUCCUGGAGUGCGGUCACAUGAUCUCCUGCACACAAUGUGGGCGUCGCCUCAAUGAGUGUCCGAUUUGUCGACAGUAUGUGGUGCGAGUCGUACAUACCUUCAAGAGCUAAGGACAGUUGUGGAUAUAAGGACCAUGGUUUGUGUAUGGUGUGAUUAUUUAUGUAUUUGUAUCUGACAGGGGCCUACAAAGCUGUCGAGCAGCAAUAUUGGUUAGAAGGAUAUAGGGGCACCAAAUACACUGUAUUGGUGAAAAAGUUUGCGGCGAAAUUGGUUUGAAAAUUGUAUAGGGGCAGUAAAUUGGUUAGAAAAUUAUUGAUCAGUGUUUGUUUGAAAGCUGUUUGUAAAGGCAGUGAUAUAUAUGUCAGAAAGUUGAAGGGUAGUGAUAUUUGUUAAAAUUUUUGGACAUCGAUAUUGGUAAGAAACUAUAGCCUAGGGUAGAUAUCUGCUACACUGUAAAAACAGAAAUAAUUCACAUGUUUCAUUUUUCGCUUUUCCCCCUCCCGACUAGGGAAAAAAUCACUGACCUGCGUCAAGUACCUGACAACUGCCCCACUUAGGCCUCAAAGCUGCAGCCCAGUGGUGAUUGGCUGGUGAUCAUGGAUGAUCAAGACGCCUUAACCACUCAGCCACUGCGGCCUCGGGGCCUGGUUAUAUAAUUUUGUAUAAAUGUUUUGUUGACGCAUUUGCUACGAUAAUCAUUUACAUCUGAAAUCAGUAAUUUGUAUCUUAAUUUUCAAUACAUACUAUAAACUGGCUAUCUGGAGUAACAAUAUAUUUGUCGGGAAUCAGAGACAAUAAAUGUUAAAGGAACAAUUUUAUUUUUAAGUUCAAUAUAAACUUAAGAUACUGUAAUGAAGAUUUGUGGGUAUUUGUGGAGAAAUUUUGUAAAUAUACUUAAUUACCAUCACUGUAUGUAUUCAAGAGCAUUCCUUUCUUAUUUGGACCCAUUUCAAAUCGGAUUGGAUUUUAGUACCUUUAUGGAUAUUUUUUCUCCCUAUAUGAUUAAAAAUAACCAGUAAAAACAAAAGAAUUCCAAUAAAAAUUAAUGUCAAGGCACUGUAAAAAAAAAGAAAAUGUAAUAAGAUACUUUAAUAGGCUAUAAUUUAUCACUGAAUCAAGGAAAGUGGCAGAUACUCAGGAAAGAUUUUGCUCUUUUUGAAGAAAUUGAAUUGAAACAUUUUGUUAUGUAUAACUACAUAUUGUACAAAACAUAUAGGUUUAGACAUAAGAAGACAUUUAUUUGAGGGGUUUACAUGCACCUCUUUUGAAAUUAAGUUAACUCAUUUACCCCUGAAGACACAUUUGAACUCUCCCAUUCAAAGGUUGGAAUAUGUAGUUCAUUUUGAAACUUCAGGGGUGAAUGAGUUAGUAACUUUGAAAAAGGAAGAAUGUCAAAUUACUGGUAUACAGUACCCCUUACCUAGCGACCUGUCCUCAUGGUGUAUGUUGUUUAGGGACAUUUUUGUCAGUUUUUACAAAAAGACAAUGGAGCGAUUUUAACAAUGAUUUCUAGUUUAUAAUACGAUGCUGUUAUGUUGAAGUAAGGUCAUCUUGGUUUAACACCACGACAGUCUUCCUGUUUCAAUAUGUACAAGAUCUAAACAAAUCACUCUUCAAGUAUGGAGGUAGAAAUGUUAGUAGAACAUUGUGAUAGCUAUACCACCGGAAUCUGUCUCGUAAUCUAUCAUUUACUUGUUAUAGAUAUAAAUAUGCAUAGUAGCACUCUAUGAUUUGCCCACCAUGAUUUUAUCCUGCACAUUUUUUGCAAUAUGAAACAGUUUUGCAAUACAUUUGUAAGUCAAAGAAGACAAAUAAAGAAACUAUUAACCCUUUCACCCCUAGGUAACUUUAGUAGACUCUACCUUACAUUUAUCUGGGUGAGUCCAUUAUGGUCUAUGGUGGUGAAAGGAUUAAUAAGAAUGGAAAAGGGGAUUGUAGAAAACAAUUUGGUAAGCUAGCUCUAGGUGGCGAAAUGGAACAUUGAAAUUAUAUCAAGAUUAUAUGCAUUCAUGGACUAAGAUAAAAAUCAUGCAUUUUCCUUCUCUUCCAAUAUUUUUUGUCUCGCCGCCACGAAGUGGAAGCAAGACAUACCCUAGGUGUUGCUUUUCUGGUGAUGGCGGCGUCAACAUUACGAUUUUGUGUGUAAGUUAGUUUCUCUGAAAGUAUAAGUGCUACACCAACCAAACUUGGACCAUAGACGCAUCUUAGGUAGUACAUCU